AUGGGGGCAUAUUACGACGAAAUAGAAAUCGAGGACAUGGUCUGGGACCCAGAAAAGGGUGUAUAUCACUACCCCUGUCCCUGCGGCGAUCGCUUCGAGAUCUCCCGUCGCCAGCUCGCGGAUUGCGAAGACAUCGCGACGUGCCCGAGCUGUAGUCUGAUAAUACGAGUCAUAUUUGAUCCACUUGACUUCGAGGACGAGCCUUCGGAUGGCGAUGCUUCGGAUCCUGGGACCGCAGAUGACUCAGAUGCUGAGAGCGACGACGAUGGUUUUGAGGAUGCAAUGGAGCACCUCUCCAUCUCCAAUGAAUCACCCGCCGCUGUCACAGUCUCUGCUUGA